AUGAGGAGGCGACGGUGGCCGCCCCUCGCCGCCGCGUGCCUCAUCGCGCUCGUCGUGCUCCUGGCCGCCGUCCACGGCGGCGGCGCCAGCGCGUCAAUGCCCGCGGACCGCCGCUCGGGGGCGAGCAUUCGCAGCCGCGCGCGUGUCGCCGCCUUCGACACCACCAUCGCGCGGUGCAAGAAGCAGGGGAAGAGUGCUGGCCCGGCCUGCGCGAGGCUGCCCGGCGGCGGCGGCGACGACGACGACAAGCGGGUCGUGCCGACCGGCUCCAACCCCUUGCACAACCGAUGA